AUGUUGGUGGAGCGGAGAACCUGGCGCCUGUGUCGCGGCUCUUUACUUUACCUGCCCUGCACGCAAAAGGCUGUCCCCUGAGGAGACUCAGGAGAGCUGAUCACCGCUGCUUGUGAGCUGGGGGUGGCUCACCCCCCGGGCUACCCACUACCCAAGUUCAGCCUGCUGGCCCGCCUUGCUCUGUCCCUGCUGCCCUGCCUCUCCAUGUCUCCGGCCCACAGUGUCAACCUACUGAGCAGCCUGCCGGGGACAUGGGCCCUCUGCUUCACUGUCUGCAGACUGGCCGACCCAGGGCCAGGUGCGGUGCUGGCUGGGGUGUUUGCUGUGUUCAGGCCCAGCUGGCAGUGGUCGGUGGUAGCCGAGGUCUUCUCCCUCAACCUCUUCGUUGGGUUCUUCUCCCUGACUGCCAGCUUCCACUGUGCAAAUAGUGCCCCCCAGAGGAGUCAGGUUGCCCAUUGGGGGGCGCUGUGCUGUGGCCUGGGCCCGUGUAACCAGCACACUCUGGUGUUGUACGUGGUGGUCAUCAUUCCCAGGGUCCUGCUCCACCUCUGCUCUCACAAAGUAAGUUUAACGACACACCGCUCUUUUCCAUCUGAGUGGCCAUAGAGACGUAGGCCAGUUUUUCUGCCUAUCUGUUGCUGGGGAGACCAGACUUCCCUCUCAGGCCUCCUCACUCACCUACAGAGGACUGAGUACGGCACCUUUAGCCUGGCCAAGACAGGGAACCUCACCAUGAUGCUAAAGGCUCAGCUGACCCACUGUAUGGCUGACCUGUCCCUCUCUGUGCUGGUCCUGGCUGGACUGGGCUUGUUCCUCUCCUCCUGGGACAGGAUGCAGGGUGUUGUUCCCUGGCUUCUAACGGCCAUGCUACUACUCUACUCCCUGUUCUUCACCUGGAGAGCCAACCUGGACACCAGUAAAGGCUGUGUUGUGUGUUUAGUCUCUCUGGUGGAGCAGUUCUGGCUUCAGAGUGAUGCUGUGGUGUGUGUGCUGGCUGGGCUGGGCCUGAGUUGGACACACACAGGCCUGGGGAGGAGGCUAGGCCAUGGAGGUCUGUGGAGGGCCGGAGUCUUCACUAUAGGUCUCCUGGUACACAUGGUGCACUCCAACCAUCGGGAGUGUGAUCAGAGCAGUAACAGUGUGGUGGAGCAGUUUGGGCGAGAGCUUCUGGUCUCUGUCCCUCCAGACUCUAUCAUCCUGACCCGGGGAGACCUCCCAGGGAACUCCCUGCGUUACUGCCAAGACGUACGCCUCGUUGACCAGGAGAUGAUGAUGUACAGCUGGUACGUGGCCAAGCUGGGCCAGCAUCACCCUGGGGUUCACUUCCCAGGGCUCUGGUGGCUGGGCCAGCAUCACCCUGGGGUUCACUUCCCAGGGCUCUGGUGGCUGGGCCAGCAUCACCCUGGGGUUCACUUCCCAGGGCUCUGGUGGCUGGGCCAGCAUCACCCUGGGGUUCACUUCCCAGGGCUCUGGUGGCUGGGCCAGCAUCACCCUGGGGUUCACUUCCCAGGGCUCUGGUGGCUGGGCCAGCAGCACCCUGGGGUUCACUUCCCAGGGCUCUGGUGGCUGGGCCAGCAUCACCCUGGGGUUCACUUCCCAUGGCUCUGGUGGCUGGGCCAGCAUCACCCUGGGGUUCACUUCCCAGGGCGCUGGUGGGACCCGGUCCACACGGAGGAGAAAGACACCUUCAGUCUGGAGCAGUUCCUCUCUCACAACACACAGGGGGCUGUGCUGGCCUGCAUCGGGCUGCCUGACCGGGACCCCAGCUGGGAGAGGAGCUUUUCUCACUGGCUCCUGGGUGUGUGUGACCACCUGGUGCCUGCCCAGGAGCCCUUCCACCCGGAGGAGUGGACCCGCCACACCCUCUACAUCUGGACCGAGCCACACAACAGUUACCACCCAGGGUCCUGGGUAAGGGGGUAGGAGAUGUGGCCGGCCAGGAUGAAGACGGCUUUCUUUCUGUUUGACCUGGCUGAGAGGAUCCAGGGAGAGGAGAAAGCUCGCCUGUUUGAGCUCUCCUACACAGAGAGUCAGUCCUCCCAUAGCAAACAAAUAGGACUAUGUAAGGAAAUCGUGGAGAGGCACACGGACUCCCAGGCCCCCGGGGUGGUGUUGUCCAGACAAACAGGACCCUGA